GAGGGCCGCUACAGCACCAUAGAAAAGGAGUGCCUGGCCAUCAAGUGGGUGGUCCUCGCCCUCUGCUUACUACCUGCCGCGGCGCCCUUUCACCCUCUGGUCGGACCACACACCCCUGCAGUGGCUCCACUGCAUGAAGGAUGCCAAUGCGCGGAUCACCCAUUGGUAUCUGGUACUCCAGCCAUUUAAGUUCAAGGUGGUCCACAGGCCGGGGGCGCAGAUGGUCAUGGCGGAUUUCCUCUCCCGUCAGGGGGGGGAGUCAGCUGCAGGCUGGACGGCUCCCCGGCCUGAGUCGGGCGGUGGAGAUAUGUGACAGUGGGGGCGUGGUCAAGCAUCGUUCUGUGAAUGGAGGGCGGAGUCAGGGAAGACACAAACUUGCUGCACAGCUCUUUCUCACAAGGCUACAAGAGGAAAUGGGCGAAACAACACUUUCUUGUUAAGACACAGAUUAAGACACAGAUCAUUUACAGGGCAGGACAGAGAGAGUAACAGCGUGUAACACAACAGGAGCUUUAGUAUCUUUCUGAAGUGGAAUUGGUGUGGAGAUUUGCGAGUGUGAACUCAGGAUGAAGAUCCUCCUCAUCUUCACCCUCUGUCUGAUCUCAGAUGGAGGAGCCUCCAAGAAAGUAACAGGAUAUUCAGGAGGAGGAGUCCUUAUCAAGUGCAAGUAUGAUACAGAAUACACAGAAAACCCAAAAUAUUUCUGUAAGGGUUCAUCUCCAGGCUGUUCUGACCAAAUAAAGACAGGAGAUAAAAACAAGUGGGUAAAUUCAGGAAGAUUCUCAUUGUUUGAUGACACCAAAUCAGCAGAGUUCAGGGUGAUGAUCAGAGAGCUCACUGUACAGGACAAUGGGACGUACCAGUGUGCAGUUGAGAGACGUGCAGCGACAGACAUUUAUACACCGGUGGAACUGAAGGUCAAGGAAGGGGACUUGGUCUCUAGAGAAGUGAGAGCAUAUGCAGGGGGAGGAAUCAACAUCAAGUGCAGAUGUGAGGAUGAAGAUAAAGACAAACCAAAAUCUUUCUGUAAGAACAGAGCUGAUCAGCAGUGUUUUAAUCAAAUAACAACAAAACUAAACAGUGAAUGGUCAAAUGAUGGCAGAUUCUCAAUUCAUGACAACAGAAGUUCAGGAUUCUUCAGUGUGUUUAUCAGAGAGCUGAUUACAGAGGACACUGGAACAUAUUCGUGUGCUGUUGUUGUGUCUGAUGAGAUAGAGACCUACACUGUAGUGAAGCUGAAUGUAACAGAAGAUCUGUCCUAUGAGAAGUCCAUCAGUAAGACUUUUCAUGUCGGAGGAGAUUUGAACAUCAGCUGUAAAUACCCAGGAUCCCUCAGGAGUGACCCCAAGUUCCUCUGCAAGACGAGGCUGCAAAAAGCUGCUUGUUCUUAUAAAGAAUCUGUUAAAGAAAGUAGAAAGAAUAUAAAUAUAGGGAAAUUCUCCCUGUAUGAUGACAGAGCAAAAGACAUCUUCACUGUGAUUAUUAGAAAUGCGGUUGGGUGGGACUCUGGUGAAUACUGGUGUGGAGCUGAAGCAGCCUGGACAUCUGAUCAUGGAUACAAGGUUUAUUUCACACAGAUCAACCUGAAAGCUACUGAUCCUCGUGUCCCAGUUUCAACCUCGAAACCAACACAACCUUCAUCAUCACCGGCAUCGCCAUCAUCACCACCACCAUCAUCGCCAUCAUCACCGCCAUCACCACGACCAGCAUCAUUGCAAUCGCCAACAUCACCACCAUCAUCAUCAUCACCACUGCCAUCAUCACCGCUAUCACCAUCAACGCCACCAUCACCAUCAUCGCCAUCAUCACCGCCAUCACCACGACCAUCAUCAUUGCAAUCGCCAACAUCAUCACCACUGCCAUCAUCACCACUAUCAUCAUCAUCGCCACCAUCACCAUCGCCAUCAUCACCAUCAUUGCCAUCGCCAUCAUCACCAUCAUUGCCAUCAUCACCAUCAUCACCAUCCACAUCUCUACUUGUCACAAAUAAAUACAAGUCCGGGCCUACACCAGCUUUUCUUCCACCAGAUCAUCGUGUCCCAGUUUCAACCUCGAAACCAACACAACCUUCAUCACUGCCAUCACCAUCAUCACCACCAUCACCAUUGCCAUCAUCACCAUCAUUGCCAUCACCAUCAUCGCCAUCAUCACGAUCAUCAUCAUCAUCGCAAUCGCCAACAUUACCACCAUCAUCAUCAUCAUCAUCACCGCCACCAUCACCAUCGCCAUCAUUGCCAUCAUCAUCAUCGCCAUCAUCACCAUCAUCAUCACCAUCACCAUCCACACCUCUACUUAUCACAAAUAAAUACAAGUCCGGGCCUACAUCAGCUUUUCUUCCACCAGGAUUUCUAGUAUCCACUGUGAUCCCUGUGUCUGGAAUUCUGCUGCUGUUUCUGAUUGGAAUCUCAUUUGUUUUUGUGAUUGUACAAAGAAGACACAAGAUGCGAGCAGGUAGAGCUGCUACUGGCAGGAGUUCUGUUGAAAUCUCAGGAAAUGAACAUGAGGUUCCUCUUACUGUCUGUGAGUCUGAGGAGAUUGAAGACACCAGGCGACUUUCACACACCAGACUGUGAACUUCCACAGUUUAACUGUUCUGCUCAGCUACCAACAAUCUCCUCUGAUCCUCAAACUAUUGAUACAAACACAGAGUUACCCACAAGCCCCUGUGAUUCUGCUGUUCAUUCUACUGCUCAAUUACCCACAAUCCCCUCUGAUCAGGACAUCUACUCCACAGCUCAGUUACCAACAUGAGAUAGAAAAGCCUAUCUCGGCAGUACUGGACAUGAGGCAGGAAUACAACCUCUGAGGAACACCAGCUCAUCGUAGUCUCUGGAAUUUUCUAUAAUUUUACAAUAAUUUCAGAUUGUUGAUUUUUAAAAAAUGAUCACAGAUUGUGACUAUAUUCAUCUUUGUAUUUGACCCAUUUUGAAUAGCUAUAUGUACCAUAUGUGUUGUAUGUAUGGAGUGCCGUAUGUAUUGUCUGUGUGGACUAUGGUAUGUUUUGCAAGAAAUGCAGUAUGUAUUGUAUGAAUCGAGAAUGCAUUAUACUGAUUAUAAGAGUAUGAUUUUAAGUUGUAUCUUUACAGAUCGUGAGUGGGAGAAGGAAGAGAAAAGUAAAGACAUUCAUCUCAGCCUAUUAGCUUGACUUGCUCACUUCCCUUCUUAUUUUUCGCACGAUUGCCACCAUCUUGCUUUCUCUGAUAGUGACUACACUCAUUAUUACUGCUCUGCACACUGAUCUCAGCCAUCCUCAUGCUCUCUGUCACAGUAAAGACACUGAUUCAGUCAUGGAUUCUUUAUCAGUUAAAGGAGCACAGUGUAUUUUUACCAUUUAGAAUGUUUUUUUUUUUAUGUAGCGUUAAUUAAGCACUGUUCAGUUUUGAUGUUAUUUGCAGAAUG